CUCCAUUCUCCAUCACACUGACUGCAUCGCCAUCAGUAACAACACAACAGGACAUUCCCACGACAACGACAAGAUACUACCUAUCCAGCUGCCGCAUUCGAAUUCGCACGAACAACAAGACAAUUUUCAAGAAAACGACUAGAACACCGUCAAGAUGAAGCCUCUUGUGGGAGCCGUGCAGGCUUGGAGCUGCACCGUCAUCUCCGCCUUCGCCAUGCUCAUCCUCGGCGUCUUGUGCAUCCUCUUCAACAACAACCACCCGGAGCUCGUAGGCGGGACGGAGGACCCGGAGGACGGGAAGGAGGUGGCGGCGACGGCUGGGAUGGCUAUUGCUAUUUACGCGCUCUUCUUCUGCUUCUGCGGUCUCCAAGGGUUGUUGCAUUUGCGAGAGGGCAGGAGGGGGGCUAUUGCGCUAUGACGUUGAUUCGACAGGACGACGGCGAUGACUACGACGACGAAUAGCAUACCCACCUACAUAUCCAUACUUGUACACGCACGCGAUAACAACAAUAACGGUGAUGGCCACAUAUGGCGAAGAUAAUAGCGAAAAGGACGAACAGAGUCACAACAAGCAAGCAAGCAUCACUAGGUAGACUAGACUUUGCGACGCGACGCUUUCAGAAGAGGAGGUUUAUGGGAUAGCACACACAAUGGUACGGCGUUUUUGGGACUUUUAACUUUAUUCCGCGAGAUGGAUGCUUGAAGAACCGAGGAAGAAGGGGGUUACGGAAGCACGGUGGACGGCUGCGGUGGUGGUUAUACUAUUGGAGCUGCGAUGCUCUUAUCGAGCACCUUCCGCUCGACACCGUCAUUAUUGCUCCAGAGAAAUGAUCGACGGGUUGUUGGACUGACUGGCACGAGUUGUCUCCAAGACCCGAGUGAGGUUCGUCGUCCAUCAAAAGAAUCAUUACUUAGAGGAAGACAGUUGAGCUUUGGUUUUUACCUGUUCCACGGCAUCUUUCAUGUUUAUCAUGUGCAGUCGCUUCUUGUCAUUCAUUGCCAGUUUUGAUGCCGCAGUUCAAUGAGCUUCAAGUCGUCGCGAUAACAUUGCCAGUAAUCAGGUUCCUGAUCAGUUGU